AGAAAAUCGGCACAAAAGAGAGAGAACCACACAGACACAGCAUAGAAAGAAACCCUCUCUCUCUCUCUCUCUCUUUCUCUCUCACUCCUCCAACCAUUCCGAAUGUGAACAAGGAUAAACCUCGUUUUGGGUCGGAUUCGAAGUUGUUGUUGAAGGGUACAGUGUAGUGUGGUGUUUGUUGGUGUUUUUUCUUCGUAGUGCAAAAUGAAUGAUGGUAGACAAAUGGGGGUGCAUUACGUAGACGCUGGGUUCCCCUAUGCUGUUAAUGAAAAUUUCGUUGAUUUCUUUCAAGGAUUCACGCAUGUCCCCGUGAAUUAUGCCUUUGCUGGCUCAAUGCCUGAUCAGGAAAGUGUCUAUUGGUCAAUGAACAUGAAUCCCUAUAAGUUUGGAUUGUCUGGCCCUGGGAGUACAUCUUACUAUAGUUCUUAUGAGGUAAAUGGUCAUUUGCCAAGAAUGGAGAUCGAUAGGACUGAGUGGGAGUACCCUUCAACAAUGACCGCCGUGGAACCAGCUACAACAGAGUCUCCACCUAGAAGAGAUGGAGUCACAAGCAUGCAGACUAUUCCUGAAGAAUGCAGUCCAAAUCAUCAUGAGUCCAAUAGUAGUAGCCAGGUCUUGUGGCAAGACAACAUUGAUCCUGAUAAUAUGACUUAUGAGGAACUGCUGGACCUCGGGGAGGCAGUUGGGACGCAAAGCCGAGGUCUUUCCCAAGAUCUUAUUGAUAUGCUUCCAACCUCAAAGUACAAAUUUGGUAGCUUAUUCAAACGGAAAAAUUCUGGGAAAAGGUGUGUAAUUUGUCAGAUGACAUACAGAAGAGGUGACCAGCAAAUGAAAUUGCCAUGCAGUCAUGUCUAUCAUGGUGAAUGCAUCACCAAGUGGCUUAGCAUUAACAAGAAAUGUCCUGUUUGCAACACUGAGGUUUUCGGCGAGGAAUCAACGCAUUAGCAUCAAGAUGGCAAUAGGGGAGCCCUUUUGCUCUAUUAAUUUUUGCUUCUCACCCCAACUCUCUCUCUCUUUCUCUUAAGUUUCAGUUUCUUACACGUAGGUAGGUGUAAUAUGAAGAACUAUGGCAGCUCUCACACAAUAUAUGUUUUGUUUACUAGAAACAACCUAAUGGAGUCGCAUCUUCUAGUGAUUAAUGUGUGAUUUUGUGUGUAUUCAUGCUAUAUAUUUAUUCUCUUAGCUAUGUCCCUUACUUUGAUAUUUGGGAUUGAAAAAUCUGCUUCCAGGUUAUUGAUCAA